AUGCGUCUUUGUAGUAUACCAGUAGUUGAGCUUCUGAUAUUGGACCCUCCUUAUGCAAAGUGUUUGGCUGCUAGUGGUGUGCGAGAGAGGCUUCUGACUACUUUGAAACGCCUUACAUAUCUCCAGUUGCAUAAUGUCUGUUUUGGGGAACCAGAUGAAGUCUCUGCUAUUCUUUACUUUUUCAGAAGCUGCCCAAACUUGUUUCAAGUUGUGAUUCGCGUGAAACUUUUUGACUUGCACGCCUGGUCGGAUGUCUCUCUAAAUAAUCUUGGGUACGUGUAUUUGGAAGAGGUGUCUGGUACAAAGGCUGAAAUGGAGUUCAUUAAGCUUCUGUUAGCCAAAUCACCAAUGCUGGAGACCAUGUAUAUCAAGCUGAAGUCGAAGGAUGUUGCUGAGGAAUUGAUGAUUGUGAAAGAGUUGAAUGGAUUCCCGCGUCUGUCACCUUAUGCAGUGAUCACUUUCGGUAUAUAG